GAAGAAAAUUUAAAAAUUGUACUAACCUAGACGGUUUGUUAUACUUAUUAAAUGUUGUAUAUUAAAGAAAUUGCAUUUUACAUGGAAUAAUAGCAUGACAAAAGCGUAUUUCCAACCUUUGUUUAUUGACCUUGUUAUAACAACGUUUUCCCAUUUUGUUAAUGCCGAAUAAACAAUUAAUUCAAUGAAAAAAUCGAGGCGAUAAUCAGCAAGCUCUGGAUGAGGAGACAUGCGUUGUUUUCUCUAAAAGUUCGCACCGCAUUCAGAAGUGGAAAAUCAGAGUUAUCGCUGCGGAGCGUUCAGUUCUAACCGAAACUCGAUCACGUGUUUUGGAAAGUCGCGGUUUACCGGAGUUGAAUUCGUAAACUUUUCUUCUUGGUCUUUUGUUUUCGUGAGUUAAAAUCGGUUUGUAAUUAUGUGCGACAUUUUACUUGUGCUAGAGGUGAUGUGAGAUAAGUGAAUUGAGUUGUUUUCGGGAAGUUUUCUCGAAAAAGUUUUCUUGUGGAAUUUUUUUUUGGAAAUGGUGAAUCGUAAUAUGUGAUGAGGUGGAAACAGAAGAUGAGGCCGGCCGCUUCCAUUAUUUUGAUCAUUUUGUUUUUUCAAAGGAUACACAGUAGCAAUAGCUUAAAAGGGAUGCGGCUGAACGUUCCCCGUGCUGUACGAGUGGGUCAUUCAGUAACUCUUGGUUGUGAAUACGACUUGGAAGGCUCUCCACUUUAUUCAGUGAAGUGGUAUAGAAACAAUGGAGAGUUUUAUAGAUACGUACCAAAAGAAGAACCACCAACCAGGGUAUUUCCUUUACCAGGACUACAUGUGGACGUGAGUGUGUCUAACGCACAUAACGUGACUCUGAUGUCGGUAGGACGAAACAUCUCGGGUCUAUUUCAGUGCGAAGUGUCCGCUGACGCGCCGCUUUUCCACACCCAAAUGAUGUCCGCUAUGAUGACAGUCGCUGUUGUUCCUGUGGGUGUGCCAACAGUUAGUGUAGAUAAAGCAGGUUUAGAACAUGGAAGACCCUUAAUAGCAGAUUGUCAUGCCCCUCCAUCAUACCCUGCCACAAACAUCACUCUCUACGUCAAUGACGAAAGGGUACCUGCAUAUACUUCCGAGUGGAUAACUUCAGUAGAAGAUCAAUUAGAAAAGAAAACAGGGAGAUUAGAAUUAUCUGGUGUUGGUGGAAGCUGGGGUACACUGAGGCUUCGUUGCGAAGCUACUCUUUUUAGGUUAUAUCGUGCCAACAGUCUGGAAGUGGAAGUCCGACCAGAUACACCACAACCAGCUUCAGUACUCCUCAUGGGACCAAAUAAUAGAGGUGAGAAACGUGCGACGCCAUCAACUUUGCUUUUCAGCUUUCUUCUGUAUUUAAUAUCAGUAAGAAGCGGGACAUGCUAGUCCCAUCGAAUUAGGCUUUUAUUCUAUCGGAAUUUUGUAUUCAAUUUAACUGGAAAAUCACAGUUUUUGUAGUAUAAAUGUUCAUUGUAUAAUUCCUAGAUUAAAUUUCCUCAGAAACAGACCAAAUAAUAGAUUUUACAAUUUUCGUAUCUCUAUUUGCUCUAUUUUCACACCUCAGUAAAUAGUUUAUCAAUUAAACAAAAAAAAUUAGUAAUAAGUUAUCACGUUAUAUACAAUAUGCAAAAAAUAAGUUUUAAUUAUAAGCGAUUCUUUUGCUUGUUGGCAUCAGUGAGUUAACGCACACAAUGUUUUCGCCCUCGUCCGUUAGAAAGCGCUAGUAGUAAAGAAAUAUGUACUUACUAUGCAGCACAAGCUGCGUAAUAAUCACAUUUGUGAAAAAGGAAGUACAAGACGACCAAAACCUAGUGAAUAGAACGUUGAAGAGUUCGUGAGUAGUUGAAGAUUAACCCAAAGAAAUCCGUUCGGUGAGCUGGAGUGUUUCGGGGGACGUUUAUAACAACUUCCCUAUCGUUUGCAGUUGUUCCAAUAGCCUAAGAACAUGGUUACACUACUGGACCUUUUUUCUAAUCCCGGGAAUACAGGAUUGCAUACAGGGGAUAAGCCCGGGACUAGGAACAUGAACUAAAAAUAUCAUCAAAGCACCCCAUGCUUAGUAACAAUAAUUUUCUCAUCAGUAAUUUUACUUUAUAGUUUGAUUAAACUGGUAAAUACUGAUUAUUUUUAUGUGUUUUGAUGUACCCUAAUAACAAAUAAAUAUUAUUUUGAUUCAGUCAAAUCCAUUCUACCUGUGACACCUAUAUACUCUUUUCUGACCUCAUUUACGUGUUCGAAUAACUCAAUUUAGGCGAUUGCAUCUAACUAAGUUACGUUUGUUACAUUGUAAAUAUUCCACGAAAGUGUUCUAAUAACCCGACAGUUUUUGUUGUGUGUGCGGAGAAUUAACUUUUACAUCUCAGCGUCGAAAAUUUACACCAUUAAUUGAAAGGUGCUAUUUAGACUCUUUUCAUUUUCCUGUGCGCCACCAAGAUAAAUCCUGAGUUCCACAUACAGGGUGUCCCACGACGAGUAGAAACUCUCUGUAUAUAGCCAAAACACUCACAGUAAAAUCAUGAAAACUUCUACGUUUGGGUUUUCAGAUACGAUCUUUUUAACUAAAAUAUUUUCAAAGACGGUCGACUGUAACUUUGUUAUUUUGAAUAGAAUACCCUGUAUAUUAAUAUAUUUUUGAAAUCUACGUGAAAUUUUAGUAUACUUUUGUCUAAAAACUUUUUUCGAAAAAUGCAUACUUUUUAAGUUAUUAAUUUUUUUGUAAAAAAUUUGACCGUUGCAGACCCUUAUAAAUUAUUUUUUUACGAGGAUACCCUGAAAGAUAAAGAAAUGGUUUCUACUCGGUUCCUUUUAGCAAAGUCAGACGUAUUUGGGUAUAUGUUGAUAAAUUUUUCAUUUCAUACAGGGUGUAUACAAAAAGUGUUCAAACUUUAACUUAAUAAAUAUCAAUUUUCUUCAUUUUUUCAAAUAGAGCCAGACGGUUUUUUCUUUUUUAAUACAUUCAGGGGUUGAAAAUAAGGCAAAUUCUUGUUUACUUUUCUAUACCUAAACCUUACCGUUAUCCAGAUAUUAAAUGUUAUCUGUAAAUUUUCAGAGAUGCAGGUGUGGUCUAUUUAUUUGGUGCUAUUUACAUAAUCUUUGUUAUUAAUUGAGAAUGAGUCAUUUUAACGAUUUUCCAAAGUAUCAACAAUUGACUAAUGACAGUGUCAUUUAUUACUAAGCCUACUAAAAGUAUACAUAAAAAAUUAAAACUUGUUAAAAAAUACAAUAAUAAUUCAAAACCUCAAAUAUCUCGGAAACGAUAAACAGUUGGAAUAGGAUUAGAAAAUACAAUGAUUCUUUUACAGACAUUGACAAGAUAAAGAAAAAUACUUUUUUUAUUUCUUAGUGCCCCUAUCAACGGAUCAAAAUAAAAUUUAGCCCACACCAGCAUCUCUAAAAAUUUACAGAAAACAUUUAAUAUUUGGAUAAAGGUGAGGUUUAGAUAUAGAAAAUUAUACAUGAAUUUGAUUUAUUUUUCACCCCUGAAUGCAUUAAAAUAGAUAAAACCGGGUGGUUCCAUUAAAAAAAAUGGAGAAAUUUGGUAUUUAUGAAGUUAAAUUUUGAACACUUUUAUACACACCCUGUAUAAAAUGAAAAAUUUUUCAUCAUAGAAUCAAAUACGUCUGAUUUUCCUAAAAGAAACCGAACAGAACCAAUUUUCAUAUAUUCAAGGUUAUCUUCGUAAAAAAAGAAUUUAUAAGGGUCUGCAAUGGUCAAAUUUUUUACAAAAAAA